CCCUCAGUGAUUUCUGUGGGGUCUUUCAGGAGGAUAUUGCUGCCUGCUGCAUUCACACCCCACCCAAAGUGCACAUGCGUCUAAGGAGGGAAACGCUGCACGUGCACUAUAAUUCCCGCCAACCCCGAGGCAUUGUGGGAUACCAGUCAAAGUUAUAGAGGCCGGUGUUCCGCAGCGCUCUUCUCUGAGUAUAUAGAGUCUUCUAAGCUUGGUAUGGGUGUAAUUCUUCUGUCAAUGUGCAUUUUAUUAGGCUUGCUUUCUCCGUGCGCGCGUGCCGAAGAAGGCUCGAGCGUCUGGGCUGAACUCGUGCUGCCGGAGCUCCGUGUAAACCAGAACCAGCUCGGUCCGCCAUACCUGCACCUCCCGGUCUUCUUGCACACCAGGGUUCCUCUCCUGGACAAAGCCCACUUCUCCCCCGCGCGCGGCUCGGGGCUCGAGAAGCUUCCCGAGCGCAUGAGGAACGUGCUGGUUCCUCCUCCAAGGCCCACGCGGCCUAGCGACGCCGAGAACGGACGAAACCGCCUGCGCGUGGCUUGUAGUGCCACACAGAUGCGCGUGAAGAUCCCCAGAGAGACGGUGGGCUCUGCUGAGGGGCUCAGGCUGGGCACGUGCGAUGUGAGCUGGUCAACAAAGCAGCACCUGGUCUUCCUUCAUUAUCUCCACCAGUGUGGGAUCAAAAGAGAGGUGAUAAAUGACAGGGUGGUUUAUUCCAGCAUGCUCCACUACACCCCGCUGGAGGCCUUGGGGUCAGAAAGGCCUCUCCCUUUCUCUAUACCUGUCCAGUGUCACUUCAACAGGUUCCACUACUCCUACAAAAUCGGUUUUGUGCCUCAGGUUGAAACCCUGAGGCUCUUUAAAUCCAUGAAGACGAAGGGCAGUGUCUCUCUGGGCGCGUAUGACGCUCAGUGGAGCAGACUGAACUCGUCUGAAGGCUACGUCGUCGGUCAGCCAAUGUACUUCGAGCUGGACGUUUACUCCGUUGAAGAAGGCGAAAGGUUAUUUGUGAACUCGUGUCACGUGACCAUGAACAACUCUCGCCUCUCCACGCCGCGGUUCAGCAUCAUCGACAACUACGGGUGCAUGGUGGACAGCAGGAGCAGCAGCGAGUCGAGGUUCCUGAAGAGCAGCAGGAGGAACGUGGUGAGGUUUUCUGUGGAAGCAUUUGUGUUCCAGGGAAAGCUGGCAAAGCAACUGUAUAUGCACUGUGAAACUACAGUCAGCAGUGUGACUCCAACUGCAACCUCAAAGUUCUGCACCUACAACCAGAAGAGCGGCAGAUGGGAGGAACUGUACGGCUCCAACGCGCUUUGCUCCUGCUGCAACUCCACGUGUCUCCCUGGCGCCCCCACUGGUGAAGAGUCCAACAAAGCGGUCACCAGUGAUUCGAGCUCCCUGCAGGUGGAUGAGUAUGUUGGCGAAAUCACAGAAGAGAGCUUGAAAGUGGAGCAUCUGACCGCAGUGCCGAAGGAGGACGCAGUGGAGCCCCGCCGGACCUUUGAGGAGGUAUUUGGGCUGGACUGAAUUAACAACCUCAAUGUAGGACAUCUGAUGGAAGUCAUUCUCAUUCACUGAUGCAAAAUGACUUUCCAAUCAAACGUCAAUAAAAAAAAACAAAAGUCUAA